GGCGGGGACGCGCCGCGGGUCUUUGUGGCUGCAGUGUGCACUGCCCCGGCUGCGGCUCCUGGACGGCGCUCGGUCGGAGGGGAGGCGGUGGCACGCCCCGUCGCGGCCCUCAACCCCCGCUUUCCGCUGGACGGCCCGGUGGUGCCCCUCAGGCACGCGCCGACGCUGUGCUUUCACCCGAGGAAGACAGGAUCCUCCCCAGCACAAAACCCAGUUGUACUAAGGUUUUUGUAUGGCUAUGGAAUCCAGAGAAAUUUCAGCGUUAAAACCUCAGGAUCAAGAAGAAGAAUUAAUACUAGUAAAAAUAGAAGAUAGUUUUUCUUGGAGUCAGAAAUGUAAACAGAACGGGAGUACCCAAUCUUGCCAAGAAUUGUUUCGCCAGCAGUUCAGGAAGUUUUGCUACCAUGAAACACCUGGGCCCCGAGAGGCUCUGGGUCGACUCCAGGAACUCUGCUAUCAGUGGCUAAUGCCAGAGUUGCACACAAAGGAGCAGAUCCUAGAAUUGCUAGUGCUGGAGCAGUUCCUGAGCAUCUUACCUGAAGAGCUAAAGAUAUGGGUUCAACAACAUGGUCCAAGAAGUGGUGAGGAAGCUGUGAAUCUGCUGGAGGAUUUGGAGAAAGAGUUUGAUGAUCCAGCACAGCAGGUCCCAGAUAGUCCACCAGGACCAUCAGUGUCAUGGAAAGAUUUGACAUAUCUCAGAGCAUCCCAAGACUCAACAAGCAUCCAAGUCCAACCUUUGAAGACACAGCUAAAAUCCUGGAAACCUUGCUUUUCCUCUAAAAGUGAUUCAAAGAAUAAUGAAACAACAGCAAACGAGGACAUUUCAGAAGAAAAGUCACCAGGACUGCCUUGGGAUCCUUCACUUAGAGGUGUUAGUGAGCACAAAAGCAAUUCAGAGUGGCAGCGAAGAAGCCCCCCUCCUCUCCAUAGGGGUAGUUUUAGUCAAGUGAUCUUCACUCACAAAUCCUUAGCAAAAAGAGACCAUCACGAUGAAUCUCAAAGAUGCUUAAUUCUAAGUACAAACUCUGUAACCUGUCAGAAAGUUUCUCCAGAAGAUAGACCUUACAGAUGUGAUGUAUGUGGGCAUGGCUUUAAACAGCUUUUCUCUCUAACACAACAUCAGAGAAUCCAUACUGGAGAAAAGCCCUAUAAAUGUAAUCAGUGUGGGAAGGCCUUUAGUUUGAGGUCCUAUCUCAUUAUUCAUCAGAAAAUCCAUAGUGGUGAAAAAGCAUAUGAAUGUAAUGAAUGUGGAAAAGCCUUCAACCAGAGCUCAGCCCUCACUAGACAUCGGAAAAUUCAUACAGGCGAGAAAGCUUGUAAAUGUAAUGAGUGUGGCAAAGCAUUCAGUCAAAGUUCCUAUCUAAUUAUACAUCAGAGAAUUCACACUGGUGAGAAGCCCUAUAAGUGUAAUGAAUGUGGGAAAACCUUUAGCCAGAGCUCAAAGCUUAUUAGACAUCAGCGAAUUCAUACAGGAGAGAGGCCCUAUGAAUGCAGUGAAUGUGGGAAAGCCUUCAAGCAGAGCUCAGAGCUGAUUACCCAUCAGAGGAUACACAGUGGAGAGAAACCCUAUGAAUGUAGUGAGUGUGGGAAAGCCUUCAGUCUGAAUUCAAACCUCAUAAGACAUCAGAGAAUUCACAGUGGAGAGGAACCGUAUCAGUGUAAUGACUGUGGCAAAACCUUCAAAAGGAGCUCAGCCCUUGUUCAGCACCAGCGAAUCCAUUCUGGGGAUGAAGCUUAUAUAUGUAAUGAAUGUGGGAAGGCUUUUAGGCACAGAUCAGUGUUGAUGCGCCAUCAGAGAGUCCAUGCUGUUAAGUAACUUAAUGUAAUGACUGGUAAAUAGUAUAUUUUUCUCUGUAUUAGUCAAAAGGUUGACUUUGGAACAAGAUUCCAUAAAGGUAGUUUUAAAAAACAAA